GAGUGAAGCUACAUGAACUCAAACUGACUCUUGAUUUACCUGUUUGUAGAGGAGAAGGCAUCAGUGAACAGCCUCUGUCCGGGACACAGUUUACUUGUCCGUGGCUAAGAACUAAUUUUAGAGAACAUAGUGUCCUCCAAAAAUGUCAUGGAUUCUGUUCUUCACCUCCAUCUUUCUGAUGGGAAGGCUGUGUGCAAAUCAAGAACCAGAGUCCUUUUUCUGCAACACACCAAACAUAGAGCUGACGGACAAAAGAGCAUACCAGUCUACAACCUAUAGUGAAGAAACACCGCUCACUGCUGACAGAGCCGUUGAUGGAAAUCCCUCGACUUGUUCUCACACCAACCAGCAGACGAACUCCUGGUGGUCUGUAGACCUGCAGGGUGUUUACAACAUUUCCUGUAUCAAUAUCAGAAAUUUUAUUCAGAAUAAUAAGGCGACUGACAUAUCAGGUGCCAAGAUCUACAUCGGGAACUCUCGUCAGAACAAUGGCACCAACAACAAGCUGGUUCAAAACAUCACAGCCUUCAAAACAGACCAGACCAAUGUCUAUAAGUUUCCUUCAUCAGUGUCGGGGCGAUACGUCACUGUGAUCAUAUCAGAAAACAAACAAAUGGUUCUCUGUGACGUGAACAUCACUGGAACAAAAAUGACUUCACCUCUUCUACUGAUUGACCAAAACAAGACCUGGGAAGAAGCUCUGUACUACUGCAGAGAUAAACACAGAGAUCUGGCCUCCAUCUUGGAUGAACAGAUGCAGGCCUUUGCUGAGCUGGAGGCUGAGAAAGCCAACAGUCCCUUCAUAUGGAUCGGACUUCACUACACCUGCACUCUGGACUUCUGGUUCUGGGUUGAUGAUAAUGUUGUAGAGUUUAAACUCUGGGAUAGGGAUGGAUAUAAAGAAGACUGUGACAUGAGUGGAGCCAUGGAGAAAAAAGGAGACCAUCGCUGGUUCAGCAAGUCUGACUAUGAAGAGUUUAAUUUUAUUUGUCAGUUGUAGAGAAGUUUAGGACGUCUACUUUAUUUCAAUUUUAAUAUUUCUUUGUAGUCAUAAAACGGAACUUUUUCUGUGUUUUAAAAAAAUCUAAAAUAAUCAUUUUCUCUGUAUUUUUGCAAUAACUACUUUGAGGGGUUAUGUACUUUCCUGUAGUUUUAGACUUGGACUCUUUUAUCCAAAGCAGAUGCUCUGAAGUAAUGGCUUUUUCAUCUUUUACAUUCUAUAGCACUUUCUUUUAAUCACAAGAGUUAAAUUCUGUUCUAAGCAAAAAUCUGGAUUACUUUAUAGUUUUGUUUUAUCUCCAAUGUGCUUGGAAAUUCAGGUAUUGUAUUUGAUUGUUUUCAGAGGAAUUUAAUUUGGAAUGUGUGUGUGUUUUUUUUAAGUAUCGUAUAAGUCGGUGAUUUCUAUGUCUAGCAUGAAGUUGCUUGCUUUCAGUAAUAUUUGAAUAAGUAAAAACAUCAAAAUAAAAGAUGAAAAUAAGAAAAAAGUA